CAUAGUAGRCAGUCGUCUCUGGGCUGCGGAAAAGUUUCAAAUUGAAUGGGAUCAAAAUAUUGCAAUUACCACCAAUUAUAUAGAUCGCUUGGCACCCAAAAUCUGCAAAACCCGUUUUGACUGUAUUGUUUUUAUUGAAAGGCUGCCAGCCACAGGCAAUAUCAUAUAGCAAAAUACAAACAAAAAAAGAAAAACAUAUCUAACCGAUCUAACCCUUCUUUGCUGGCAUGUUUAGGCGUUUGAAUGCAGAGAUCGAAGAACGCACUGCAAGCUUAAUCAAAGAAGCAGAACAAGUGAUUCAUGACCAAGAAGACAUUUUCACAAGACCACUAACCAAUACAGAUGUUUCRAGCACACUUGACUUAGAAGAGAUUAUUUCAGCAAAUUUAGAUACAUCAGCUACACGACAGAGUUCAUCCUGUACCAUCACCRSCGGCAACCAACCAUCMAAUAGGAAGAGACCAAAAUCAAAAUCAGAGAGAUCAAAGUCAGCACUUUCAAAAACCAAAAAUUCAAAACAAACAGAAAAGGUUCCAGAUGUUGAUGUUCUUGCAGAGAGAAUUAAUUUAGUUACAAAGAUUACUAGCUUUGAAGAAGAGGCAAGACAUGACAGCACACCUUCUUUCACAGAUGAUGUACUGCCUUCUGCAGCUCAAGACAUGGGGCCAGAGGCAACCAUUAGAUUUUUAAAGGCAAAAUUGCAUGUGAUGCAAGAAGAAAUGGAUCAUCUGUCCUCUGAAAGUUCCAAAAAGGCACAAAUUGACAAACACAAAAAGUUAUAUGCUGAAUCCAAAGGCAAGAAUGAAAGCUUAGAACAAUUGCUGUCUUCAACCAAAAAGGAACUCGAUGGUUUACAACGAGAACAGAAGCAUUUUGUAUCAAACAAGAAUGCAGUGGAAGUCAGGUUAAACCGUGCAUUGGAAGAAGUAGAGAAAUACAAGUCUGCACUCCACAAAGCAAAGGCUAGUUCUAAGGACUCAAGUGAUCAAGAAAAACGAAGACUGGACCAACUUUUAGUUGAAAACAAGAGGUUGGAGAAACAGAAAAAUGAGUUGAUGACGGGAUUUAAGAAGCAAAUGAAACUGAUUGACAUACUGAAACGUCAAAAGAUGCACAUUGAAGCAGCCAAGUUAUUACAAUUUUCUGAGGAGGAAUUCGUAAAAGCGCUAGACUGGGGCAACUAAAUGACAGUUGCACGAGCAAUUUUAAAGAAUGUGGCCAUCACUUUUAUUUCCUAAAUUAUCUAYUGAACGGUUUAUCAUUGUAUUAUUAAACAGAUUUUCACCUCAA